AUGCGGUUUGCCGGAUAUCGGCAGACUGAUAUGAGCAUCAAGGGGGACCCUGCGGAGGUGGCCUUCACGGAGAUGCUUAUCAGGAUGUUCGGAUGGAAAGGACCAGGCACGGACUUCGACAUUCUUCCCCUGGUCCUGCAGCCCAGCCCGACAGACGAGCCCAAGAUGUUCUCGAUCCCCCCCCAGUACAUCCCGGAGGUGCGCUUCUUGCACCCCCAGCACACGUGGUUCGCCAGCCUGGGCCUCAAAUGGUACGGCAUCCCCUGCGUCUCCAACAUGCGCAUGCGCCUCGGGGGGCUCCUCUACACGGGCGUCCCCUUCACCGGCUGGUAUGCCGACGUUGAGAUCUUGCGCAAUCUGAGCGACGAGUCUCGCUACAACAAGCUGUCACUUAUUGCCGAACGCCUGGGCUACAAUACGUCAGAGAACAGCAACCUGUGGAAGGAUGCGGCUCUCCUUGUCUUGAACCAGGCGAUUGUCUACAGCUUCCAAGAGGCAGCAUUGGGCAUCGCGGACCACCACACGCUGAUGGAACAGUUUUGGGUUUGGCAAGCGGAAGAGAAGGCGAAGCGCGGCUACGUGUCCGUCAACUGGAAGUGGGUCAUUCCGCCGGUCGCCUCUAGCACCAGCCGCUGCUAUUUAGGGCUCAGCAAGACGACGGAAUAUACGCUGCAGCCCGCGUAUGUCGGGGGCCCCGGUUGGCUGAACUUUGCGAAAGCGCACUUCGGGCCAAACUUCGACCGGUCCCCCGGGGGCUUCAACCCAGGGGCGUACGCCUCUCAACUGGCCGGUCUCACGAAGGACCCUUUCAAGGUGCAAGUCCUGAGCGUCAAGGAAUAUGAGGACGCCAAGUUCAACGCCUCUGACGUCAUCAUACUUGUGACGUCGACAUACGGGUCCGGGGCGCCCCCCGCCACGGCCACCAGGUUCUUGUCUUGGCUGAGCCUGCAAGGCGACGACCCCAAGUCUCCUCUCAAAGGCAAGGCCGGCCAGCCUGAUGCACACCCUCAUGCUCGCAGCAGGGGGAAAUCCUAUCGCUCCGGUUGGGAAGGCGACCAGCUUGGGGGCCGCGAAACUGCGUUCCGUGAGUGGCUUGGAGACGCGUUCCGUGGGGUUGCCACCGAGCAGCCUGGAAUACGAGAGGCCUGCGAAGGCGUGCAGACGAACCUGAAGACUCUCAUGGGUGGAGACGCUGGCUUCGUCGCCCGCUACGGGCUCGUCGUCCUCUCAGGCAUCAAGAAGCUCGCGGAGGAUGUGAAAGUCCUCAAGGGGCCGGUCCUGGAGGCCAAGCCGCUCUUCGACAGUACCGAUGGACGCGCGACCACGCUCGUGCGGAUUGACAUCUCGUCGGAGCCGCUUGCCAUCUACGAGCCAGGCGACCACAUCGCCGUCGCGCCUUGCAACCUUGCCCUGGGAUCCCGCCUGGACGAGGUCGCCGACCACUUGGAGCUCAGCCUCGAUACCGUCUUCGACCUAGAAAUUCUGGUCAACAGCGAUGACCCGGACGUGGAGGACCCCAAGAAGAUUUUCCCGCUGCCCAACUCGCUCCGCACGAUCCUGACCAACCACGUGGCGCUCCAGGACGAGGUCAACUUCCGGGCCGUGCUGCCGCUCUCGAUGUAUGCCAAGGGUGCGGACGAAGAAGAGCUGACUGCGCUCGGCGGUGAUGAAAAGCAGUUCCAGGCCUGGCAGGCGGAAGAGCACCUCAGGUGGGUCGACAUUUUCGACCGCUUCCCAACGCUGUCCAGGAAGCUCCCCGUCGAGGUGCUGCUUCAGAUCGCGCCGUCCAUCCACCCCCGCUACUACAGCAUUGCGAGCAGCAUGCUGGCAAGCCCGGGAGAGGUUCACGUCGUAGUGGGCGCUCUCUCGUACACUCUGCCCAACGGCAAGCAGCGCUUCGGCCAGUGCUCCAACUACCUCACGCAGCACGUCAAAGCUGGGGACAUCGUCCGCUACAAGCUGACCAAGGUCCCGGCAUUUAGGCUGCCUCUAGACACGAGGCGCCCGGUGAUUAUGGUCGGAGCGGGGACCGGGCUGGCGCCCGUCCGCGGCUUCAUCCAGCACCGCAAGAAGCUGCGCGCGUACGGCGAGAUGGGCCCCUGCGUUUUCAUCUUCGGCUGCCGCUCCAAGCAGGACCAGAUCUGCAAGGAGGAAGUCGAGGCCGCCGUGGCGAGCGGUGCAAUCAGCGCCGUUCUAGUUGCCUACUCCCGCGAGCCAGGGGUCAAGAAACUGUACGUCCAGCAGAAGCUCAAAGAGUCCGCAGCUGAACUGAGCGCGAUGCUGGAGGCCAAGGACGGGCACGUCUACAUUUGUGAUUCGCGCAUGUCUGCAGAGGUGUCGGCAGUGAUCGCGGGCAUCAUUGGCAAGGAGAAGCUGACUGCCAUGUCCGUGGAGCGCCGCUUCCACGAUGACGUCUUCGGCAUCGUCUCGAACGCGGGUCAAAAGAACGCGGCCGCCAAGGCGCUGAAGCCGGAGCAAGACACCCUGAGCGACGUGCUCCGGGCGGUGCCCGGUUCUUCCGUCACGGAGCGCGUUCUCAAGGCGUUGGACCACGGCCUGCGAUUCGAUGUGGCGGACAGCGCCGGCAACACUUUGCUGCACACCGCCGUGGAGAAGAACGAUCCGGAGCUGCUAAAGGCCCUACUGGCGCGAAAGGACAUGUUACCGGUGCUGAUGUCACUCAACCACUGGCACCUGACGCCGCUUGCGCUCGCACUCGCGCGGCGCAAGCCGGAGCUGCAGGCGGUGCUGAGGGCCGCCGGCGGGUCUGUCGUCAGCGGAAUGCACAAAGACUUCUACCCCGUGCACGCGGCCGCGCUGACCAACGACGCAGCGCGCAUCACGGAGCUGAAGGCGGAAGGGGCGAGCUUGGCGGCCGCGGACUUCGUGGGCGCGACGCCGGUCCACCUGGCAGCGGUCCUGGGCAGCGCGGACGUGCUCGCGCUGCUCAUCGAGGAGGGGUGCAACGUCAACGUGGCCGACAGGUGGGGCCAGUCGCCCCUGAUGUGCGCGCUCACCUACAGCCACGCGGGCGCGGCCGCGCUUCUCAAGGGCGCCGGCGCGCGCGUGACGGCCUCUAGCACCUUCGACGCGUGGCCGAGCAUGACCGCGUGGAGCCCCAGCGCGGCCGCGGGCGAAGGCGCCGCGGACGCGAAGCUCAGCGACGAGCGCAUUCUCAAGGCGCAGGCGCUGUGGGACUUCAUGGAGGGUUCCGCGUUCGCGGAUAACGACCGGCGCCAGUUCAUCGAUCGGGGCGUCAAAGUGUUCGAGAACCUAUUCGAGCUGGCGCCGCAGGUGCUCACCCUGUUCCCCUUCAAGGACGAGAACGGAAGACCGCGCCGGAAGGAGCUGGAAGUGCACGUGGAGACGGUCAUGUCAACCACCGGGCAGGUGGUCCGCCAGAUGCAGGACCCGGACUCGCUGGCGCCGAUGCUGACGGAGCUGACAGCGCUCCACGUCAAGUACGGCGUGGAACUGAUUCAUUACGACAUUUUGUGCUCCACGUUCCUGCUGACGUUCGAGCAGCUGCUGGGGCCCCGGUGGAACAGCGACUACCGCGACGUGUGGAUCUCCAUCUUUUCGUUCAUCACGACCUUCGCGAGGAAAGCCUACGAAUAACGCGCGGGAGCGGGGACGUUAUUGGUUAUUUGUACAAGAGUUGCAAGAGCGGGGAUGCGGAUGGACUUCCGUAUAAGCUCACCAGCCGCGAGGGUCGUUGGUUGGGAGUGCAUGUAUCACGCAAAAAGCAGAGCAUGAGCAGACGAUGCGAUCAAGAGCUCAUGCGUGCCCGUUUAUUUGGUCGGUCGCGGGUCCUUUAAAACGGUGCGGUUGAUCUUCGUGUUGGGGUUGCGUAGUACGUCUACAGUAGUAUGAUUAUACGGGUGGUGAUUGCAAUCAUUUGGUCCCAAUGGCACUUACGGUUGCUGCACUCUCACGCAUAGAUUAUUAGGUUGAAUGUUACGUAGGUGCUAACGCGGUGGUUAAGUUUUGCUGGAAUGCUCUACAGGGAACCGUCUGUGUCACGCGAAGACGGUUUCAAAAGUUUGAUAAGGGUCAGGAGGGAAUACUGGCAAAAAACCAGCUUAGAUAUAAGCAGCGGGCCGGUGUGAUUGCAAGAUGUUAGUUUCGACGGGUUGGCACAGCGUCAAAUAUCUGCAUGGAUAGCGUCGGCUGGAUUACACUUGGACCGGACUCAAAAAGCAUCCUGCGGUUGUGUCAGAUUUAAGGAACCAAUUAUCGUUUUGCAUAUUUCGGCGGAGGUUCGGUAGCUGCCGCGCAAGCUAGGCCGCCUUGAGUACUGCAUGAGCUCUACAGGGUGAGCUCUACAGGGUACGUGUCAAAUUAUAGAUGCCAUGCAUGCACAUCGUCC